AUGACUAUUGAGACGUCUGACACUACCUCCAAAGCUACACUUCGUGCUGCGGCAAAUGGCGUUUCCGCUCAUCUCAUAUGGCAGGUCACUGCGCGCGUAGCGUCGUUUGCGAUCAAGGCUAUUGUUAUCCGUGCAUUGGGUCCCGCCCAGUUUGCUUUCGUGGAAAUUCGAUUGGGUUUGCUUGUGUCUCUCGCGCUACUGCCGGCUAUUGGCGCAUUCCGGAAAGUAUGCCUGCGUGUACCAGAUGAGCGCACCGCUGCAUCUUUAGCUUAUCUCUGCUCUUUUGUUACGGUGGUUGUGUCCGUACUGCUUGGGACUAUCGCUUUUUACAAUGACUCCAUCAACGCAGCGUCUUGGGCAGUUGUUACUGCUUCUUUGGUGAUACGUGCCUUUGGAGAACCCCCACUGGUGUUUGCGAGGAGACGAGAGCGGUACUAUCAGUCUUCAAGAGCGCGAGCUGUUUCAACAAUGGUUUCAGGAAUCGGGCAAGCGCUAGUUGUUAGUUUUGUCUCAGAUCCCCGCUGGGCGAAGCCGGCCAGUGCUAGUGGACAUGUUUUUUACUCAGCUUCAUUGGGAAUUGCAAUGUACUUCGCUACUGGACCACAGCGAAUACCACUGCUUUCUUUCGGAGAAGUUCGGGCAUUUUUGCGAUGGGAGGACAUACGGAUGACGGGAGUUGUACUAGGACAGAGCUUGCUCAAGUUCAUUCUGGAAAAUGGCGAGGGAAUCAUUCUAGAUGUUACUUGUCCAGCUACAGUGAAAGGGGCCUACAAACUUGCGGGCAAUUUCGCUUCGAUCAUGGCUAGGUUUUUUAGCGAAGCAUUAGAGGAACAGUCGUUUAACGUGUUUCAUCGUUUGGCUCCUGCUUUUCGAAAUUCAAAGCAAUUGUUGAACACUGAUCAGACUGGCCGCGAGGAAGAAAUGAGGAGCACAUGUCUAUCGACGCUGAGCAUGGCGCUCAAAGCGGCAAUCGGAAUUUCAGUUUUGAUCGCUUUUGUUGGUCCUGCCUACUCAUACUCCAUUCUACGCCUGCUGUAUGGCGAGGAUUGGGCAGAUCGUACUUCGGCGCCUGCCCUCCUGAAUAGCUAUUUCGUGUACCUUGUCUUUAUGGCUGCGAAUGGAGUAAGUGAAGCAUUUGUAUCUGCAUCAGCGUCCACUGAGGAACUUAAACUUCAAACUAAGUUUACCACCCUACUCAGUAUAUGCUACGUCGCGGCCCUGUACGUUGCUGCGCUUCGCUUUCAAGCGACUGGCAUAAUUCUUGUCAAUUGCGUGAACAUGGCACUCCGAACAGCAUACUCGGCAUGGUAUUUCCAAAAAUUAACUGGGCGGUCGAGUUUGGAGUUCUUCCGAUCGGCCCUUCUUCACCCAGGUGUCAUUGUUUCUUUAUUCGUGACGAGCCGCAUAUCUAAGAUGAGCGAAAAGUUUUUCAUCAGUGGUGAACCAAGUUUUUGGUCCGGCGUCAAAAUGAGUUUAUAUGAACGGAUCGCGUUGCACAGCUUUUCGGGGUUGUUUGCUGUGACAGUUUUCGCAUGGUCAGUUAUCAAAUUUGAAUCGAGUUUUAUAUCGCAGAUGCGAUCGCUCCGGUCUCAUCAAGACUAG